GACUACUGCAUCUGACUGCAACCAGAACUACUAUUAAUAUAGCUGCCCUCAAAGAUGUCAGGCAUAGAUCUUCAAAAGCUCCAUGACUUUGCUGUUCAGCUCGCUCGAGAUGCUGGCAAGAUGAUCACCUCUGCACGCUCCUCUCAAAAGCAAUCCCACGCAGAAAAGAAGAACUCUGUAGAUCUCGUUACUGAAGUGGAUGUGGCUGUAGAAAAGUUCGUUAUACAAGCUAUCAAGGAGGCAUACCCAGACCACAAGUUCAUUGGGGAAGAGACGUAUUCGAGCGCACCGGCAGGGAAAGGCUCUGUACUGGAUGAUGCGCCUACAUGGAUUGUAGAUCCAAUUGACGGUACAACCAAUUUCAUCCAUGGGUUCCCCUUUGUCGCUGUCUCUAUUGGUUUCACCAUCAAACAAGUCCCUACUGUUGGUGUAGUAUACAAUCCUUUCCUGGAUCACAUGUACACCGGUAUCCGCAAUCACGGUUCCUUCCUCAAUGGCCAACGACUACCACUCAAUGGUCCACCCCCUGAGAUCAACAGUCUCGGACAAUGUGUCGUGGCUGUUGAAUGGGGAAGUGAUCGGGCUGAAGAUGGCAAUCUCAAAAUCAAGUCAGAUACAUACUUCAACUUGGCCAGGCAACACGGUGGUAUGGUGCAUUCUCUACGUUCUCUCGGCUCUGCUGCAUUGAAUUUAUGUAGUGUUGCUCAAGGAAGUAUGGAUAUGUACGUGGAAGGCGGUAUGUGGGAAUGGGAUAUUUGCGCUGGCUGGGUCAUCUUGACGGAAGCCGGUGGGCUCAUGACAACGGCGAAUAAAGCUGAUGAAGUCAAAGAACCUGGAUUGUGUGAUCGUAAGAUUUUGGCUGUGAGAGGAUCACCGAGUAGAGCGGACCAGGAGAAGGUUAUCCGUGAAUUUUGGGAGCAGACGACGGGUGACUUGGUGUAUGAGCGAUAGAGCUGGUAGUCUAGUCAAUUCAUGAGCGACGAAAUGGAAUGUCAAAAAAAAUG